GCCCCUGCCGCAGUCGUCCCACCCGCGAUGUGGCCCCUCGGUGCCCCCGGCACGGCGCUGCUGGCCGCGGCCGCGAUGCUGACGGUGGCGGCCGCCGCGUGGACAGCGAGGAAGAGAAGGCGCGGCCCUCAGACUCAAGAUGAGGAUGACCAGAGCAGCAAAUCACCAGAAGACAGCAAGUACAGGACUGCAUCAGACCAGCGACAGGACAGGAAAUCCACGCUGGAUAGCAGUCCAGUAGUCCAAGCAUCGGCCAGCAAAGCAGCGCUGAAGAGGAGACCACUCAACCAGGCAGGCGGGAGCCACUCCGCACCCCAGGGCGACUUAUUAACCCAACGAGCGGGUGGCAACUCGUCACCGGAGAGCAGCUUGUUAAACCAAACAGGAGAGAACAAAACAUCCGUGGAACGCAGAACAGAAAACCACGCGGAGAACGAGUCGAAGCUGGAAUGCGGCGGUGCUGACUGGCGAAGGCAGAGAGAGUCAUUGGGGGCGGAGAGCGUCGAGGAGUGGCAGUUACCGCAGAGUAAGGAAGUGCCACGGGGCGGCCACGCGGCUCAGCUGCUGCCGGUGAGCAUAAUAUUGCCACCGAGACACAGCGCACGGCAGCUGGAGAACAGCAGCACGGAACAGCUGGAGAACAUCAGUUCUGAACAGCUGAAGAACUGCAGCACAGAGCAGUUAGAAAACAUCAGUACAGAGCAGCUGGAGAAAAGCACGGACCCGCUAGAGAACAGCACCACGGAUCAGCUAGAAAACAGCAGCACGGAACAGCUUGAGCAGAGCAGCACGGAACAGCUUGAGCAGAGCAGCACGGAACAGCUUGAGCAGAGCAGCUCAGAACAGCUAGAGCAGAGCAGCACGGAACAGCUUGAGCAGAGCAGCACGGAACAGCUUGAGCAGAGCAGCACGGAACAGCUUGAGCAGAGCAGCACGGAACAGCUUGAGAAGAGCAGCUCAGAACAGCUAGAGAACAGCAGCUCGGAACAUCUUGAGCAGAGCAGCACGGAACAGCUAGAGAACAGCAGCACAGAACAGCACAGUAGCACGGAACAGCUAGAGCAUAGCAGCUCAGAACAGCUAGAGCAUAGCAGCUCAGAACAGCUAGAGAACAGCAGCUCAGAACAGCACAGUGGCACGGAACAGCUAGAGCACAGCAGCUCAGAACAGCAGAGCAGCACAAAACAGCUAGAGCACAGCAGCACAGAACAGCUCGAGCACAGCAGCUCAGAACAGCAGAGCAGCACGAAACAGCUAGAGCACAGCAGCUCAGAACAGCUAGAACACAGCAGCUCAGAACAGCUAAAACACAGCAGCUCAGAACAGCACAGUGGCACGGAACAGCUAGAGCACAGCAGCUUGGAACAGCUAGAGCACAGCAGCUCAGAACAGCACAGUGGCACGGAACAGCUAGAGCACAGCAGCUCAGAACAGCUAGAACACAGCAGCUCAGAACAGCUAAAACACAGCAGCUCAGAACAGCACAGUGGCACGGAACAGCUAGAGCACAGCAGCUUGGAACAGCUAGAGCACAGCAGCUCAGAACAGCACAGUGGCACGGAACAGCUAGAGCACAGCAGCACAGAACAGCUCGAGCACAGCAGCUUGGAACAGCUAGAGCACAGCAGCUCGGAACAGCUAGAGAACAGCAUCACAGAACAGCACAGUAGCACGAAACAGCUAGAACACAGCAGCACAGAACAGCUAGAACACAGCAGCUUGGAACAGCUCGAGCACAGCAGCUCAGAACAGCACAGUGGCACGGAACAGCUAGAGCACAGCAGCUCAGAACAGCAGAGCAGCACGAAACAGCUAGAACACAGCAGCUUGGAACAGCUAGAACACAGCAGCACAGAACAGCUCGAGCACAGCAGCACAGAACAGCUAGAACACAGCAGCUUGGAACAGCUAGAACACAGCAGCUUGGAACAGCUAGAACACAGCAGCACAGAACAGCUAGAGAACAGCAGCACAGAACAGCAGAGCAGCACGAAACAGCUAGAACACAGCAGCUCAGAACGGCUAGAACACAGCAGCACAGAACAGCUCGAGCACAGCAGCACAGAACAGGUAGAACACAGCAGCACAGAACAGCUAGAACACAGCAGCUUGGAACAGCUAGAACACAGCAGCACAGAACAGCUAGAACACAGCAGCUUGGAACAGCUAGAACACAGCAGCACAGAACAGCAGAGCAGCACGAAACAGCUAGAGCACAGCAGCUCGGAACGGCCAGAGUACAGCUCGGAACAGCCAGAGAACAGUGUAGAACAGUUGGUGAGCAGCGCAACAGAAAUGGAGCAGCACAGCAGUGCGGUUGUGGAGCUUCAAGCAGAGCGGCUAGAGCAGAGCGAGACGCCACUGGACUGCACCGGGGAGCUGCUACAGGAAGGGACGACGGAGCGCGUGGUGGAGGGGCUGCAGGUCCGCACCGAGGCACAGGCCGCUGAGAGCGCCGAGCCCACGGGCGACGGGGCGGCCCCGGCACGGAAGGGCGGCACGGUGUUGGUGCUGGGUCUGGACGGAGCCGGUAAGACGAGCCUGCUGGAGGCGCUGGCGGUGCAGCCCUAUGCCGGGAGCCCGGCCCCGCAGGUCAAGCCAGCGCCCACGCAGGGCACGCACACGGUGUGCGUGCACCACGCGGAGCAGCACAGCAUCAAGUAUCUGGAGGUUGGGGGAAGCGAAGACCUGCGGCCCCACUGGCAGCGCUACUUACAGAACGUGGACGUGAUGCUGUUUGUGGUGGACUGUGCGGACCACGCGCGCCUCCCGCUCGCUAGAGGGGAGCUGCAGAAACUGAUGCAGGCGGGUUCCGGCCUGAACAUCCCUACCAUAGUCCUGGCCCACAAGCAGGACGUGGCGGGCGCGUGCAACGUCGCAGCACUCUACACCGCGCUGGGCCUCGACUCGGACGAGCAGCAUCAGCGGGUGGGCAGACUCUUCGUGCUGCCCACUCGCCUGCCUUCCCCCUCCAUCGUGGACGUCUCCCUCCUCAUACACUUCGUCUUGGAGGGAGACGUCAAAUAAACGAUUCCGAUGCGUGGCUCCGACCUGCUUGUGUAAAUAAUAAAGCGGCUGAAUACUUUCGAACGCCCGUCGCGGGUCUCCGGCACCGAUUAUUGCCGCCGUCGCGGGUUGUGAAGUCCCCUGCCAAGCGCUGUCCUGUGCCUUAGCCGAGGCGACUGGGUUCCCGCGCCCUUGCGAUGGGUCUGGGGGUGAAACCCGCAGCUUUGGAAGGGCCUGAGCCCCCCACACCUCCCACAUUGCUGAACUUUAGCUGAACAUUCGUUUGAGAUUUAACACCGACUUUGUCGUGCUCCCCCUGUGAUUUUGGGUGCCAUCCACACACACCCCCCUUGUGAGAAUGCCGUGCUAGACGUGUGGGCGUGGAGGUGACGCGCGCGUGGCUGCCGGCGGGCGUUGAGGCUGCGACAGAAGCGUUGCCGGACCUCCGUGCGGUGCAGUCGUUGAGGUUAAACGAGUCGGGAGACUGGCAGUGUCCUCUCAAGUUACAGUCCCCGUGUAUGCCCGUUCGGCAGUAUUGACUUUGUGCAAUACGCACAGUCGCAUCAGGCUGAUGUCGCUAGAAGUCGCUAUCGUGACGCUUCUGACACUCACGCUUUGGCUAGAAGUAUUGUUUUCUCAUUCACAGAGCGUUGGACUUAUCAGACGGCUAAGGGCUUGCACCUACCAUGCAUAGCAACUGGUUGUUCUUGAGUUCAGUCUUAAAGCGAUAUAUUUUUUAAACCCAGAUGUGUACGGCUUUGGUUCGAGUGCUUUAUACGCAACCUUAAUGCCGCAAGUUCAAACUCAGGUCAGAGUUCGCCUCGGCCCAUCAUCAGCCCAUCGUGGUCAAUAACAUGACGUCCUGUGCCAGGACAGGAAUGGGCGUGGUAUGAUGGGGGUGACCGACCAUGGGAAUGUGGAAUUUCCCGUGUUAGCUCGGCGGGCGCCAACAGAGGGAGCACUUGCAUGUCGGAACAGGGAGGCAGUGGCUUUGGUUUGUUUCCGUGUGUACGCGUUUAGUUGGCCAAUCCACUCUGUAAUAAUCCAUGCCACACCAAUACUUUUGCCACAAAUGCAAUGAAUGUGUUAAAUGAUGGGUCGCUGUGCUGUACUGUGUAUGCUUUCGGGUCACACGUGCAGUUCGUAAUUGAUUCGGGUUGUUCGUUGCGGACUGUGUAAUGUUAUUUUGCAGCGAGGGUGAUGUUGCUUUGUACCCAGUAUCUCAACACCGCUCCAAACUACGACAACGAAUACACCGUGGGUGUUCUUCUAGCUCCGUCGUGACCCAAUCCAAACCCGCAGUGAAUGCAUCGUGGGUAGUGGCGUGUUUAUAAUUCUCUUCUGAAGGUCUGUUAAUAAACUGUUUUGUACACGCACGAUGUGUGGAGAGCACAUUACCUUGGCACCGAUAGAAAGUAGAAUUGCCGUGCCUUCUAGACCCUGCAGCAACCUCUCGACGUGUUGAGUUUGUUUUUGUUAGAAUGAACAAUUGUAUGCUCAGUCGCCAAAUAAAAUAAAUGUUGACUUUGUAAA